AUUAAACAACUUGAAGCACAAGAGAGGAGGAAGAAGAAGAAACGGAACAUUUGAUCGAAUCGAAUCCGCCAUGAGUGAACAAACUCCGAAGCUUUUCACCAAUAAACCCAAGAAGAAGGCCAUUAUCGCUCAGCUUAAGCACGUUGAAGCCAAUUUCAACAAUCCCACCGUUCCUCCAUCAUCAAAACCGUCUCCGGCUGCUGCAGCCGCGGCUUCGUAUACUAUGGGUGGUGGUUCUGUUCCUCCUCCGCCUCCUCCUAAGGAAUCAUUUGCUCGUAGGUACAAAUAUGUCUGGCCACUUCUCCUUACCGUCAAUCUCGCCGUCGGAGGUUAUCUUUUCUUUAGAACUAAGAAAAAGGACCUAGAUCCUGUAGUUGAAGAGACGGCUGCGAAAUCAGGUUCAGUCGCAGCUCCUGUUAGUACUGUGGAAAAGACUGUGUCUUCCACAGUGGUUGCAGAGCCAGUGGUGAUCAAGGCACGUGAGCCAAUUCCAGAGAAACAACAGCGUGAGCUCUUCAAAUGGAUGUUGGAGGAGAAAAGGAAAGUAAAUCCGAAAAAUGCAGAAGAGAAGAAACGGAAUGACGAAGAGAAAGCGAUUCUGAAACAGUUCAUAGGCUCCAAAACCAUUCCUACUCUCUGAUCUAUUAAAGUGCAGAUUCUGUUGAUUUUAGUUUGGUUUCAAUUCUUACUUUGUGGAUAUCAGAUGUUUUGCUUUUGGAAACUUUUUUCGUUUCAUUGUUGAAACCAGUCACUUUGGUAUCUUCAGUUCCAACAUUGAUCCAUUGUCCGGUCUUGUGUUUCUUUGGCAUUGUGAAACGUUGAAUGCGAGAGAAAAAGGUUCGUCUCUUUUUGGGCUAAAGAGUUUUGAGUUUGAAAUAUACAUGUCGCACUAUG